UGGUCGCCGCCAUCUGGGCAACCAGAACAUUCUUCGAAUACUACUACAACUACUACGUCUUCUGCGUUAUUAUUGUCUUCCAGUCCCCAGUUUCUGUUCAGUCAAUCUAGUGUGUUUAGCAUUGAUAAUCCUUCUGAGACAAAUAAUUAUAGAUCACAAACUACACACACCACAAAUUCAUCCUUCCAUGAGCAGCAAAACACCUUUCCUUCGAAACCAGCGCUAAUUCCGACCAACUCACAUCCGCUCAGUCACGAAUUAAGCACAUCGCCCAUGACACCAACAUUUUUUAAUAAUAAAAACAUUAAUCAUAUUUCUGACAAAGAAAAUGAAUCAAAUAUUCGUCAAAGACGUGCGUAUGCUUCUCUUGACAGUGAUCAAGAUCCAUUGAAAUUGGCGGCAGCUUCAUCAUCAUCACUAUUAAGAAAUCGACGUAGUCUGCUGGAUAUUAGUUUGACUGAUGGCUUAAAUGAAGAUAUUCAACGUAAAAGGAGUGUAAAGGCAGGGUCAGCAGCAGCAGUAGCAAAAGAAUGUCGACCUAAAAGAGAACUAGAGCGUAAAACUGUUAUUGUACAUGAAGUUAAGAAAACAGAUACUUUGGCUGGAAUUGCUCUAUUUUACGGAAUUGAGGUAUCAUUACUAAAGAAAACCAAUAAGCUUUGGACAAACGAUUCUAUUCAUAUGCACAAAUAUCUUUAUAUACCACUUGACGAAUGUAAAUUCGAUGAUGAUAAUGAACGAAGAACAACAGUGAUAUUGGAGGAUGAUCGAAUCCACAUUUCAAAGAACAAUAAUAAUAACUAUCAUUCAUCAUCAUCUACAUCUGAUUCCUCGAGACCUUCAAUGUCUUCCCCCUCAUCUUCGCCUUCUAAUAGUCCUUUUACUUAUUAUGAUCGUGAAAUAUUGAUGCCACAUCAAACACAUGAAUUCUGUCAUGAUCGUAAAUUGUCUAAUGUGUCAACAGCUACUAUAUGGUCGACAUCAUCUGUAGCUACGACAAAUUUAGGUUUUACGAGUGCUGAAAUACAAGAAUUGUCAUCAGCACAAUUAUCAUAUUUUCCUCCACAUAGAACAAAUAAUGGCACUACACUAGCUAAAAAUCCUAUUACUACACUCGAUACCUCUAUAUCAUCAACAAUAACACAACCAUCUCCCGUUCCAAUUUCUCAUUAUCAGAAAAACAGACGGCGAAAUAAUAAUAUUAAUCUUUUGACAAUGCCAUUUUCUUCCACCCAUUCCAGUAAUAACAGUUUUAUGGAAAACCCAUCUAAAAUUGUCGAUAAGCUCAUAACUACUCUUGAUGCUGCAGGGGAAAAAUAUUGGGGACGAGGUUUCAGUUCUGUGAAACUUGCUACCAGCAACAGAAGAACGAGAAGCGAUGGUGAUAAUGGAUUGGGAGGAAUUUGGAGUAGUAAUCAUGGUGGAUAUCGUGGAGAUUCGACAGAAUUACGAUCAUCACUUAGAAAAUCUAGCACAAGUAGGAAAGUCUUGUUUGCCAAUAGUUUCGAGGACGGCUAG